GGCACGCGGGCCGUAGGGUGCAUGUGACGUGUACCAAGGAGAGUGUGGGCAGCAGGUCGACGGAGGGUUUUCUCCUCUACUGUGCCCUGAGUCCUGUGUCCAGUUCUGGGCUCCCCAGCUCAAGAGAGACAGGGAGCUGCUGGAGAGAGGCCAGUGCAGGGACACCAAGAUAAUCAGGGGACUGCCGAGAUAAUCAGGGGACUGGAGCAUCUUCCUUAUGAGGAAAGGCUGUGGGACCUGGGGCUGUUCAGCCUGGAGAAGAGAGAAGACAGAGGGGAAACUUCAUCAACCUAAAGGAUGGGUGUCAGGAGGCUGGGAUGACACUUUUGUCUGUAGUGUCCAGCGACAAGACAAAGGGUCUUACGGCAGUUGUGUGAGAUGCUGCCAAGUGCUGGUGUCUAUUACUUCCCGUGGGAGAUCAACAUCUCAGUCCCAGAGGGAGUUGCACUGAGGACAUACGGCAGGUUAUGCUGCUAUGACCUGGCCCGGUCUGAAGCCGUUCUCGCUGCUCAGCACAGCUCAGUUCAGUACCAGGUCUGUGUUGACACCAAGCUUGUGGAGCCGUUCCAGGCCCAGCUGGGAUCUUGCUACAUGGUCCUGGGAGAGGCUGAACACAGGGAAGGUGAGAGUCCUGUGGUCAAGGCACGAAUAUUGACCUGCGUGGAAGGGAUGAAUGUGCCCCUGCUGGAACAAGCCAUACAGGAGCAGAGGAAAUACUUCAACGAGAGGCAGGAGCGGGUGGGAAACAGCCCGACCUGACAGCAGCUCUGAGACCUGCCAUACAUUGGUCCUUGCACUGCCAUUUGCAACAGAUACUUUCAAUUUAGAAGGCAGCUUUGCAACACACUGCUUUUUGCUGUGGCAAAUAGCAUAACUCAAGUCACUAAGCAGGGAAAAACUUGAAGAUUGUGAGUCAGUAUAUUGUCUGUGGGCUGUCUGUUCAUUGCAGGUGUCAUCACUGAAAAUAGCUCUGGGAAGCAGGUUUGUUCUUUGUUUAAAAGGGUGGUUAAGGAAAGAGAGUGCUGUAGUUGUACUGCAAGGCUUGGAGACAUCAGAAGGAGGAGCAUGCUCUGAAUCUCAAGCUAAAACAGCUCACACCCAUGCAGACUGCCAAAGCACAGUGGGUUACCAGGCUGUUGGCAAAUUAGAGGUAAAGGGCAAUAGUGCAAAGUUGGUUAUCCCUGUGUGGCUGCGGGCCCAUGAGUGUGUGUGUUUGGUUACCAUGACUCAGCUGCCACACAGGAGCAUUCCUGGCAAAACACUCACAUAAUCUGAUCAGUGAAGAAACAAGAACAACAAAGAGCCACUAUUUUCAGAAGCACCUUCCUCUUUGGGUUUUCAGAAGCCGGUGUGUGAGGCAGGGAGGGACUGACUUGAGCUCUAAAACAAAUAUUUGCAGUGCCCUGAGAACCACUACUUCACACAACUAAGUUUAGAGACCUUAAAUCACUAUUUUUUUUAAGCAUCUAAAAGUUUUUCUAUAUAUUUUGCUAAAUAAAGAUUAAAAGAGGCA